GUAAAAAUGGUACGACAACCAAAACUGAGCGUGGUGUAUGGGCCUUUAAAUUACCCUUCCAACACAAUCAUACAAAAAAGAUACUGUAAUGUAAACAGAACUGAAAACGGCAUCAGACUGUAUCUGAAAUUGCGCACAAAUGCAAAGUCAAAAUCAUUAUUAAUAGUAUGAAGGGGGGCCUCAGACACAAUACUUCAUGUAAGACAAAAUAUAGUGUCUCCACCUUAUAUAUUCCAAACACAUUCUCUCCUCCCCGUUUUCUAUAAAUUCCCCGCCCCCACAUUUCCCGAAUAUUUUCAAAAACUUUCCCCACCCCCUGUUUUUUCAAGUCAUGGUUGGAAUCUUUGUAAAAAAUUUUCCCCAAGUCUUUCGUCCUCAAGUCGUCGUUCCCGUUCGUCCCCAAGUCGUUGUGAGGAUUUCCUGUGAGGACCUUCCUACGACACUUUAAAAUUUCGCUACGAAGAAUCGUAGUGAAAUCGCGUGUUGGUGUUCAUCAAGUAUUUAUGAGAGACGGUGGAAAAGAAUGAGGGGAACGUUCGGUUUUCCCCACGGUUUUUCUGAAGAUCUGUCUCCCCAUUCUCCCACAUUCGUCGGACCAUCUUCGGAAAUCGUCGGAAAAUGCUCGUUGUAAAUAAAAAAAAUAAUUUUUCUUUAGAAGUAUAUAAUAAAGACGUUCGAAACUCAGACUUGUAUUACUAACCAUUUUUUUUUUUCCAUACUCGUCCGGAGUAUGGAAAUUUUUUUUUUUUUUUUCUGUAAAUAGUAUUAAAAAAAUAAAAAAUGAAUCCUGCAACAACGGUCAUUUAUUCCGCCAUGAAAUUGGUGGGUGGAAGAAACGAAACGGAGAUCCCGAACAUAACUUUAACGGAUCGCGAGGCGGACGUUUUAUAGGCGACGUGUGCGAUCUGUGCAUCGUCUGCGUUAUCCAUUUUGGUAUUCGUGGGAACAAAAUUGGUGAGAAUGUGUCGCGAGAAAGAAGAACGAAGUGAGAAAAAAAUGGAAUUAUCCACACCACCAGUAUGAUUUUAAUUCUUUAAGUAGAAUUAAAAUUUAUUCAGGAUUAGGAUGAUCAGUAACAUUUCGAAUGUGAUCGGGAUCAGAAGACAGCUGAUCAGACACAUCCACAGCAACAUUCUCCACAGGAAUAGUUUCAUUUAUUCCAUCGUAAUUUUUAACGGUGGUACUCAUGUAUCCGAUCUGCGUGUGAAUACUGGUUGUGGCAUCACCGCGAUCGAAUCCGAACCCGAGACUGAACAUUUUCCGUCUCUUAUGAUUUUUAUUCUGUUUUUUCAUUCCGUCGGAUUUUGAAAAGACAAGCAUCACAUUUUAAUUAAAUGAAACCGUUCAACAUGAUCGUCGUGGGCAUGACGGCGUGUGGAAAAACACAUUAUCUGAUCGAAGAAUUAAAGACGACGUAUUUUCGUGAAUUUUCCGAGAUUUUUUUAAUCUGUCCAACAUAUCAUUGGAAUCAAACGUACGAACAGGAUUUUAUCGCGAACGAUCCUAACUUUUUUGUCAUUCCGUGCGAUCACGACGACGUGGAGUAUAACUUAGAAUUCGUCGUGAAUUAUGCGUCGGGAAAAGACGCGUUGAUUAUUCUGGACGAUUGUGCGAGUACGAAAUUCGUCAAGGGUCGUACGAGCGAAUUAGUGAGUUUGGGAUUCGGGGCACGUCAUCGUCGAAUUUCAACGAUCGUGAUUACACAACAGUUAACGUCGAUCGCGAAACCGUAUCGCGAGAAUAUUCAGAAAUUAGUAACGUUUUACAAUCCGAACAGACAGGACAUGAAAAUUAUUCUGGACGAUUAUUUGGGUGAUACGGAUCCUGCAGAAUUAAAAACGAUUCGUCAAAAAUUAAAAGAAAAUAAAUAUUCGUAUUUGGAGAUAGAAUUAAUUCAUCCGUAUCGUCAUGAAAUAAAGUAUAAGUAAAAAAUGGAAGGUGAAAUUCCGAACGAACAAAAGACCGAAGCGGAAAUUUUAGAAGAAACCAGGGCGGAAUUAAUUCGGUUAUCGAAUGCGGGUGAAAUCAAACAGUCGGAGAAUUAUUUGAAAAAAGCGGUCCCGCGUGUGAUUUUAAAAAUCAAACGGGAAUACGAAAUGAAUCAGCGUGAAAAAGUGAACGUUCUUUUAACGGAAACGUUGAUCGAAAGAUUUUCGGGAUUAUUGGAAAAUCUUCGUAUGAUCGAUAGCGGUGAAGAAUUAAAAGAGGAAUUAAGUCAGGAUAAAUUAUUAAAAAGCGACGUGAAAAGUCUCGUGGAAAAAUUAUCGCCGUACAUUCCAUACUUGGGAAUUUUAAGUGGUGGCGUGACGACGGUGAAACACGUGCACGGAAGGAAAGGAGACGAACCUGUAGAAGGAGAAAAAGAGGGGAAAACGGAAUAGGGAAUUUUUUUUCAUAUUUUUAAAAAAAUAUGAAAAUUGUCGUGUUUCACGAUAGUUUAGUAUUGCACUCCAUUUAAUUGUCCGUUCACCAUUUUAAUCACGCCGUCGGAAAGAACGAAUGUGUAACAGAGAACGUUGGCGGUCGUCGCUUUUUUCGUGAUUUCGACUAGAAUUCCGGAUUGGGUAUUUUGAAUUUUCACCCCGUUUCCAUACGUUUUUGCAUCGUUCACCGUUCGCAAGUCGAUGACCAACGCAAACUUUUUGUCUUUGUAAAAUUUGAUCAGAGAUUGUUGUCCGUUGGCAUCGGUUCCGAAAAGCCGUUUGACUUCUUCGUACAUGCGUGUCUUCGUCAUUCCCUGACUGUACACGACGUUGGGGACGCCUUCGAUCGUGACUUUUACUUUUUCGAUUUUGGGAAAAAUGUAUUCUUCGCUAUCGGUCGGUGUUUUUUCCGUGAAGAGCAUGACGACGGCUUUCAUACUUCGACGCGGAAGAUUGAUAGUUUCGUUGACGAUCGUCAGACUCUUAUCCCAUUCGGUCUUUUUCAUCAACGUCGCGUGUUCGAAAGACAACUCGCGUUCGGCUCCGUAUAAGUUUUCGGAUUUUCGUGCGAGGUUUAGAUUCUCGAUGGAUUCGUAUUCCAAUUCCAGAUUUUCCAGGGAAUAUCCGUCGACGGUUUCCCCCCUUUGGGCGUUCAUGAUUUCCGAGGCUUGCGGUAGCGUGAUCACGUAUUGGAGAUCGUUUGUCAUAUGGUACGGAGCGUACAAUCCGUGAUCGUCUAAAAUCUUGGUGAUUUUCAUGCGUUGUUUCGUCCCGAAAAUUCCAAAGAGUGCGGUGGCAUCGGCAUCGGCAUUCGCUUCGUCGUCUUUAGAGAUUUUUUUGCGAACGGCUUCGGUUGCAAUUCCAUCUUGAAUUUGAUCCGCCCGUUGUUUUUCAUCCAUCCACAAGUCUUUGUAGAUUUCCAACAAACUUUCACCACCGUUAUCGUAAACUUUUUCUCCGGCGAGACGAAUUUCUAAUCUUUUUUUGAGUAAUUUCCCUAAAUUAUUCCGGAACCAGGAUUUUUCGUUAGCAUUUUUAAAGUCAAAAAUCAAUGCCAUACUAUCGGGAACGAGUACGGAAUCCGGUUUAAGUUUAGGAAUAUUCACGUAAAUUUCUUCCCCGGGUUUUGCCGAAUUUGGAUUGAACGUGAUCAGAUGUCGCGUUCGGUUUCCCACUAAUUCCGUCCUGGAUCGACGAAUAAAACUUGGACUAAGUUCAGUUGUUCGACUUUCCAUAUUUUUAUUUCAUGGGAAUGAAAUAAAAUUUUUUUUUUACUUCUUUGUUGUCUCCUUCGUCGUCUUCUUCGUAAAAUAAUCGUACAAGUAUCCUGCAAUCAAGAUCGCGAGAAUCCAUAAAUUUUUCGAAAGAAAUUCUAGUCCUUUCGCUCCCCAACUUAGGAUCGUCGCCAACAUAUUUAAAAGGGGAAUUAAUACCGGUAACGCAGCUUUUGCUAAUUUCGCCACGGCUUUUCCAAUUUCUCCCGUUCCUUUCGCGAGUCCGACCAACGUCUUUUUUCCUGCAACGACGACGGUCGUAAUAAUACCCGCAAUGGAAAUUGCGAUGACAGCGAUCGCCCCUAAAUUUUCUUUGGCCCACGUUUUAAAUUUUUCAAAUCUCGUGCGUGCAUCGUCGCGUACUUUUUCACGAACGCGAUGCACGCCUUCUUCAGAUUCGGGACGUUGUCGCAUUUCUAAUUUAGCAUCGUCGAUAUUUUGAUCGAUGAUUUCUAACGCUUCGUGAAAAAUAUCUUUGCGGUCGGGAUCGGAUUCUGUCGUGAAAUCUUGUUUGAUUUUUUGUCGUUCGACUUUUAAAAAUUUUAUUCUUUCGUCGGGUUGACCUUUAGGAACGGUAAUUCCAACCAAUUCUCUAGUUUCCUGUUCGGUGAAUUUCCCAUCGUUGUGAAAUUGUAGGAUACGGUCGUGAAAUUCAAGAGUAUCGUCGAUAUUUUCACGAUGAAUUUCGUCGCGCACGUCGUUGGAAAUAUCGUUGACGAUCGAUGGAUUGCCACCCGGAACUUCUUCUUCCGUAAUACUGUUUAGUGUUCUUUUGUGUUCUUCCGUCGCUUUUUCGAAGGUGGUUCUAAAAUCUUUUAGACUCUGUACGUUGGAUGUAUUUUUGGAUAGGAAGUAUUUUCCAUUUCUAUCGAUGAAAGCCACUUUGGUACCGUCGAAUGUCAACCAGUAUCCGUCGACAAAAUCCAGUCGGGAAAAAAAGUCUUCGGAAUUCGGUCCGUCGUUUGGAUUUAAUUGGUAGUCGCUUACAAAAAGUUUUCUUAAAUAUUCAGAUUUUAGAACGACGGACGAUCCGGUCGUAUACAGUAAAUUGGUUUCUCUUUUUCUUUUAGUGGACUUAUCGUCUUUAUUUUGUUCUCUAAAAUCCGCCAGCCAUACUUCGUCGUCCUGUCUAUCCAAAUCGUCCAAUGCCGUGUCGUAUAACUCGUUGUCGUCCAGAUUCGUCUCGUCGUAUUCAUUCUCUAUCCAUGGAUCCCGGUCGUAAUUCUGGUCAAAGUCGUUCAGUUGGAUGUCCAUAGUUUAUUUACCACUUAAAUUCUACGAUAAGUCUGACGAAAGGUCCAGCGAUAAUUCGUGUUCGUAAAAUCUUCCUUUGAUCUCUCGAUUGUUGUCGUCGGGAUCGACGAUCUUGUACAUGUUGGGAUCACCGCGAAACACUUCCGACACGACGUAAAACGUCGUUGGAAUAAUUAGGCGUGUAUCCUUUUACAAAAGUUUUCCGAUGAAUUUGAUCUCUGACACGAUCUCCGACUUUAAAUUUUGGUUUUGGGAAAUGGGAUAACGGGUAUCCGUAAAGUCUCGUCCAGACUUCAUCCUUGUUGGUUUCGUUAACGUCAGCGGGUUUCAUAUCAAUCGUUCGAUGUUUAGAAUGAUUGUAAGAACUUACGAAAUUAUCCAGAACGUCGAUCCAUUUUUUAGACUUUGCGGUAAAUUGUUGUUCGGUGAAGUAUUUCCACAUUCUUGUUUUUAACGUCCUGUUGAAUCUUUCGACGAUCGCCGCUUUUUUUCCGGCCAGUCGCGUCGAGAAAAAAUGGAUGUCAUUAUCUUUCAAUAACGUCUUGACUCCUUUAUUCUUAACUUCAUUCCCAUCAUCGAAUUGGGCGACUUUAGGAUAUCGUCCGAAUCUUUUUCGAAAUUGUUCUAGAACUUGUUCGACGGCCGGAACCAUAUUUUCCGUAUCCUUUCGAGGAACGGGGACGGCAAAUGCGUAUCGACUUAAAAUUUCGAUGGUCGUUAAAAUCCAAUUGUUUCCUUUGUUCGCACGACUGAACACAUGCAUAUCUACCAGAUCCAUUUGAAUCUGUUGUGCAAGUCCGUCGACGUACGUGCGUUGCGUUUUAAAAUGAACUCGCGUCGGUUUGUGAACGAUGUACGUAUUUUGGGUCUGCAACCAUGUUUUGACUUUUUCUCGCGUGACACCGGGGACGCCUUCUUUCACCGCAUCCCGAUAUAAUUUUUCCAUCGACAUGUAACCACCGUUCACGUUAAAAUACAGUUCGCGUAAGCCAAUGUCUAAUGCAUCCAUUUAUAAUAAAUGAAAAAGAUAACAGUUUUUAUUCGGGACGGAGAAACCACGGUGAAAUUACAAAGACCGUUGACCCUAACGCCCGUCUCCAAAUUAUACGUGAAGACCGCAGCACUGUUUUGGACGUACGAAAAUAUACGCAAGGGAGACAACGAUUAUUUUUCCGUCGACGGGAAAAAAGUCGUGUUGAAAAAAGGAUAUUGGACGUUUAAACAAUUACGUCAGACAUUAGAAAGUCACGGUCUCGUCGAAGAUUUUCCAGACGGACGGAUUCAAAUAAAAGUUGGAAAAAGCGUUAAAUCUUUUAAUCCGUGGAAACUUAAUAAUCUGUUGGGAUACACCGCCACGUUUUUGUCAACGCAUCCGAGUCAACGUCCCGUGGAUAUUCACGAAGGAUUACGGUACGUCACGGUCGGUUGUAAUUUAGUCAACCGAUCUCAAAAUAUAGGUCCCGACGGAUUUCCCAGUAAUAUUAUUUCAUCGCUUCCCAUCGACGGGACGAAACCUUUGUUUGGCACGACGACGAAAUACAACGACAUCGAAAGCGAAGUGUACGCGGACGCGGGCAUUUAUCACGAACUUCAUUUCGACGUGAAAUCCAACAUUGUGGAAAUCAUGCCCUGCGAUGUUUUGAUGGAUUUGUAUAUUUUAAAUAAAGAUGUCUGAAGAAGAAUUAUUCCGUCAGUACUACGGAAAAAAUUGGAAAUCCAGAAACUAAAAACUAAUUUUUUGAAAAAAUAUCCGAACGCCACUCUGGACAAAUUUAAUUUCGAAGUGACGUUCGCGAAAGACGGACGUUUGGAUUCGACCGAAAUUUCUUACAAAGUCGACGAAUUCACCAGUUACGACAUCACGUCUGACACGUUCUUACACAAUCCGGAAUGGACGAAAUAUUUACGAUGGAAAGACGGAUGGCGAAACGUGAGAUCCGACAUGAUCUUUCGUCCGAAUUUUGAUUUCUCCGUUCCGUUUCACGCGUUCGACGUUUACGUGUCGGAAACAAAGUCUUUUCCCAUAAAUUUAGAAUUUACGACACCGCAAUAUGGAGCCGUGGGAAAUUUUAUUCGUUCGAUCCUCAUAAAAAUUCUUAUUUUUCCUCGUUGGCCGCCUGUUACGUUGCCACGUUCAAAUGUGGAAUUUCCGAAAAUCAUCUGAACAACACGUUGUCCGAUUCGCAGUUGAUCACGUCCAUCGUGAAAUUUCAUGUACAUUACCAGAUGGAAAAAUUCAUGAAAGAUCCAAAACUCAUGGAUCGUAUUUAACGAAAGACGAUCUUUACGUCUUGGGAAAACACAUGUCUGUGACCGAAAAAUGGGAACGACGACGCGUCUCAUCGCACGCGAACGUUUCCACGUGGUAUUACGAUCAUUCCGUCGAGGAACGUCAAAAUAUUCGGAAUUAUCGGUACGGAUUUACACCGCAUAGCGGAACGUACAUCACGUACGAGUAUUUAACGGGAUCGACACCGAGAAAUGUCGCGGAAGAUCACAAGAUUUUUAUUCCGAAAACGUCGCACGGAUUGACAAAAAUCGGACGAGAGUUAUUUCAACAAUCUCUGGAAGUGUACGUCUAUUGUAUCUUGGGAGCGCAGGCAAAAACCCGUUGGAGUAUCACGGGACAGGGCGCGAAAAGUUUACAGACGCAAGACGUCUUUCGAAAAGUGUUGAAAGAUAGCGUCGUUCAAAAUAGCAUCUCCGUCAUCAUCCGAAACAUGCGAACGGCGAUCGCCGAUACGAACGUCGUGCUCAAUUUUGUCAUCAUGCCGGGUUUGAUUUUAAUUCCGUCCGACAUGCGAAUUUUACAAAAACCGUUGAAAGGCUACAAUAACAUUAUAACGUUGGCAAAUCAAAGCAUGAGUUUUGGAAGAAAUGGGAGCGUGAAUUUUACAAAGCCUCUGAAAAAUCUGGUGAGACCAAUUUUACCAAGUUCUCCAAAAAGUCCUACGACGAGUCCCGUGAAACCUAUUUCACCAAGUUCUACCGAUAAUUCUAUAGAACCCACUCCGUCAAAUUCCACGAAAAGUCCCACGAAGGACUCGGACGAGAAUCAAGAGGCUCCCGUUCCCGAAAUGGGAGACCCCUUCCAACCAAAUUCAACAACGGAAGGUUUGGGAAUCAUCGCCGUUGUUUCAACGGGGGUUGCUUAUUUCUUAUUCCGUAAAUAAAGUAUGAGUAUAUUCAUGGGAUAUGAUUACUUCCAAGACGAUACCCCUGGAAAAAAAGUCACGGAGAUUGAAAAAACACAGCAGGGUCAUACGGCCGAGAUCGCAAAAAAUGUGGAUGCGAUCGUAAGAUUAAACGAUCUCGGAAAAAAUUACGUUCAGUACGAUCUUACACUGGUGGAUCCAUAUUUACCGGGAUAUUACGAAACCGGAACCGUUUCCGCUUCCCAUCAAAAAAAUGUAAAAUUUUUUUUUUUUCGGUCGCAGGGUUUGAAAUCAACGGCGGUGCACAAUCUCCUCAUUUUGGAUUUUACGAAGGAAGUGUCGGAAACGUCGUCAUCCAUGCGGUCACACAACGAGAUGUGAUCGUUCGUACCACGUUUACGUUUGCGUACGCACGCGGAGUCAUUACCGUGGUCGGUCUUAAUUUUAGAACCGUCAGUUCUACGGGAAAUGUAUCCGCACGCACGGAAGCAACGACUCUCAAAUGUUUUCUCGUGACGACGUGAGAAGGAAUUUUUUAAAUUUCUGAAAUUUAAAAAAUAUGGUGGAUUUCACCACCUUUUUUCAAAUUAUUCGCGUCAACACAAAUCCACCGCCCACUCCUAAAAUUCCAACGGUCAUCACCAAAUACUUUCGCAUUUCGUCCGACGGUUGAUAAUAAUCUUCUAAUUUUGGUUUUCGAUCCAACGCCGAUAAAUCUUGUCGACGACUAUAGUUUCUUAAUGCGUCCAACGCUUUAUUCGUCUCUUCGAUAUCGUGAUUCGCGUCUAAAAUUUCUUGACGGCGACGUAUUUCGUCGUCGUGUCUUUUUGCUUCGGAUUCGUAAAAUUUUUCUUUCGCCGUCGCCAAGUCUUCCAGCGCACGAUUAUGUCUUUUCAUUUCGUCUUCGUAUCCGUUCCGAUUAAAAUGUGAAAACAAAUAUCCAGCACCCGCGAAAGCGAUCGCAUUAAAUAAUCCGCCGGCUACCGUGGUACUUACGUUUGACAUUUAUUUACCGAUCAUUUUAGGAAUGUAAUCUUUGUCUUUUAAAUACGCGACGACCAACGAACUUCCCGUCACGGCCAAUCCCAAUUUCAUCGCACCUUCCAACGUCAUCGGGGCUCCCAAACUUUUUCCGACGACCGUUUUGGCGGCGUACGAAAUUCCCACGACCCCGGACGUCAGGAGCGCCGCAUCGUACAAGUCCUGAACGAGUUCUUUCUUUGUAUCAGACAUCUUUUAUUUCCUGGGGAAGAAAUAAAAAAAAAUAAAUUUUUUCCUUCCUACGGUGAUUCGCCGUAGAAGAAAUAUUUUUUUAUUGUUCCCCGUCUUCUUUCGCGAGUUUUUUAUUUUCGAGCCAAAGUAUUUUAUCUUCAAGUUUUUGUACCUUUUCUUUGAGUUCAUCCCGUUCUUCUUCGAGUUCUUGUACCUUUUCUUCGAGUUCAUCCCGUUCUUCUUCGAGUUCUAAAAUUAUGGCUCCUCUUUCGCGCGAUAUCUUUUUAGUCUGUCUUAUUUUUUCUUAAACGAUUAAUCCUCCCGAUCUUCCAGCUUCGACCCUGCGCGGAUUUUUCACGAUGUUUCCCUUGUGAACGAGUUUACUUCGUGCUUCCGGUUUGCCGUCCUUUCCGAGUUGACGUAGUCCGUCAUCUUUUACGUUGUCGAUAGCCGACAUCACUCCCGGUAACAUGUAUUUUCCCGUUUUUCGGAUGGACGGAAGAACGUCUUCGGUUACCCACCACUUAAAUUCCUUGGCUUUGGGUAGUCUUGAACUGAAUAUGAGACUGUAUAAACCGGAUUCAGUGACGAGAACAGUGUCGGUCCGUGUCCGUACGGAAGGAUCUAAACUAUCGCGGAUCGCUAUAGUCUGAACAUUUCCAAAUGUGGUUCUCGAUCUUUCGUCCGUGUGUUUGAUAAUUGCGUCGCUCGGGUUUACAUAUCCGAGUGCAAACGCUAUUUCCCUGGCGAUGAAGUAAAUAGUACCGUCUUCAGUUUUGACGGUGGUGAUCUCACCGUCUCCUAGCAGUUCCGGAACGGUAAAUAGUUCUAUACUCAUCUUUUAAUGUCUUAUGAAGUUUUCAUAAGACGUUGACGAAAACCUGUCCCACAAAGGGGUACCCCAUUUUGGGAUACUCCUUUUAUUUCCCCAAGUGUUGUCCUCAUCCUUUCCCUCGUGUGCGUGACUACGGCUUUACGGGGUUGACGUAACCGAGUGCGAGUGCGACUCUCCUCGCCGCGAAAUAAAUCGUGCCGUCGCCGGAUUUGAUGGUGGGAAUCUCCUCUUCGCCUAUCAGAGUCGUAUUUCUAAAGAUCUGUAUGCUCAUUUUCUUUUAUUAUCGUAUGAAGUUUUUCAUAAGACGUUGAGAAGGGGGGUCGGAUUCCAACCUCCCCUUCUAUUUUUUCCCAAGUGUCUAUAAAAUCCUAAUCAAACAAGUCAUCGAACGGUUUUUCAUCCUUCGGAGGAUCCUUUUCUUCCACAAUUUCAUCCUCCCUCACGGGACUUUUCUUCUUUUCAUCGUGACAGCGACUUCGCCACGUAAGAUACAGGGAUCCGAGACCGAUUCCCAAUCCAAAAAUCAUACAUAUUUUUUCGACGGAAAAAAUUCCGUCGUCAGAUUCCGUCAUACAAGUCUCGCGUAUGUUUGCUUUCAUGUCCGCUUCCAAUUUUGCUUUUUUCGCAGCUUUUGCCUGCUGACUGAUCGCCGCCAAUCUUUUUCCCGCGGCGACUUUACGCGGAUCCUUUAUUUUCGGGGAAUUUGGUUUUGUCACAGGGACGUUCAAAGAUUUAUCCGGAACAUUUGAAGACACCGAUUCUACAGUCAUUUUAUUUAUUGUAUAUGAGGAAAAACUUAAAAAUUUGUUAAAGUCUACUUAGGGUUUACUUGCAAGAAUUCGUGAAGUCUUCUCAAAAUUUACUGACAUCUUUCUCACAAGAUCUUCCAGGACGAUCUCAAAUUCUGUCGUGAGUUCUUACCAAGUCUCACUCACGAGAUAUUGAAAGACAUUCGUAAAUUCUACUGAAAGUUCCUGACGAGUCUUACUUGAAUUUACUCGCGAGAAAAUUUAUGUCUCUCUUACGAAAUGGUGCAAGGAUUUGGGUUUUUCAUUCUUUGCGCUUUAUUCAGAGGCGUCGUCGUUCCAAAUGUAAGUCCCCCCGGUUUUUGUUCUACUACUUCCUCCGAUUCAUCCUCUACUUCUUCCUCUGAUUCGUCCUCCCCUCUUUUCAAUUCUUCCAAUUCUGAAACGGAAGGAAAUUCACAAAAUCCCUUAUACUCCAAUUCAAUCUUCGGGAGCAUGCGCGCUUUUUCCGGAAUGUCUUUGUGACCCAAUGCCAACGUAUGAAUCUUAUCGGUUAAAAUAUACCGUUUAUCAUCGUUGGCCGAUAGUGCCGCUUUCACCUGACAUUCGGUAUAAAUCACAUGUUUGUGACUUUUAAUAUUUGUCAUUCUCACACGUCGGAUAUGUCCCUCGUUUCCAAAUAAAACCUUUUUGUAAUCUUCGUGCGACAAAUCUUUUUCAACGGCACAUUCUUUAACACCCUUACAUUUUUUCUUCUCCUCUCCACUGUCCUUGAGAGUAGAAUAUAACUUUGGACGUAACCCUACGAAUUCCUUAAUCUGUUUCGCACCCGUUUCGGAUUUCAUCAUGCCGAUCACCCUUCCGUUUUUUCCGCAUGAGAUACCCGACGGAUGUGACUUUGGGAAAUUGCUCGUGUCGAAUUUUUGUAAAACGUCCGGAGCGAUAUCUUUGAAAAAAUCAUCGGUUGUAAUUUCGUAGUGGAGCGAAUCCGUAUCCGUAAAAAGUAAUUGUGCCCGAUUCCCAUACUUCUUCUUGAUGUAAUUGUAAUGAAAAUCAUACAUUAAUGUUUUACUAAUGUCUAGUAUGGCAACACCGACGUAAACGGGUUUUUCAAGACGAAUGGUCGUUCUUCGCAUGUGAACCAGAGCCAAGUGUUCGGUAUAAAUAUCCGUCGACACGUAAUAACUUUUUUUCGCUAACUUGUUCCAUUUCUUUUCGUUGUUGACAAGUUGAACGUUGAUACGAUUACGGACAUUUUCCAUCGUCUUUCCAAACACUGAAUUGUUCAUCAGUUUAAAAAAUCUAAUUUCAAAAUUCGACUUGGUCUUUUGACGCAAGCUAGUAUUCAAUAGAAUGUAAUCUUUCAUCCAUGCCCGUUCUGAAAACAUUAGACCGCGAUAAAUUUUCGUCACGAUCAAUCCCAAUUCCACGCAUUUUUUUAACAUCGCGUGAUGAACGACAUAUUUUUUCUUAUCGUUUAAAUUUGGAACUAAUUUAUCGACUUUACCGAUACGAAGACGUUCGGGUGCCAAUGGGUAUUCGUUGUGCAAAUCGUGCAAUUCCUCGGGAUAUUUCAAGUCCACUUCCAAAUAACAACCCUUUCCGCGAGGAAGUUUAUCCCAUUUUUUCAACUGAUCCAAAUCCAUCCAUUCAAAAUUUCCAAACGGAAGUUUUUCACACAUCGCCCAACCGUACAAAUUAUUCGCAUCCAAAUACGGUAAAAAUGUACUCUUCUUUUUCGGAUCAAAAUCUUUCGUGUACUUAUUAUUUGCCUCGCCGUACCGUUGACUGAUCAUGCUAAUUCCACCCCGUUUUGCCUUUUCGAUAAAAUUAAACAUGAUCGGAUCGGAAAUCAAAUCCAAAUGGAGUGUCAUUUUCAGACACGCAUCCCAGGCUAAACCCGGCGAUGUAUAAUACCAGGUAGGAUCCAGAUCGUAAUGUUCCUUACAAAUUCCACGAAACCUUUCCAUGAUAUCCGCCAAGAGUAAAACAUCUACUUUUAAAUACAAAUCGUGAUAGUCGCGCGUGGAUUUUAUUCCGAAAGCCUUCCAUACUUUUUGAGCAUGGUUAUAAUCUUCGUCCGCAAUAUCUUCGUCUUUCAAACUACUGUAAAAUUCUUUUUGCGGUGGAAGAGAAGGUUCGGAAAAUUUUUGAAAUGUAUUCAUCCAUUCGUACGGAUAAACCCCUUUUUGUUUUAAUAAUCGACGUUGAUCCGUCGUUUAAUUUCCCAUCAUUUCAUCCGUUAAUCGAAAGUCGUCGGCACCAAGAUCUUCGGCGAGUUUUCCCAACGAUUCCGACAUGAAUUUAAACGAAUCCACAAACCGUAAUUUACGAUAAACGUUGACCGUUUUUUCAUCGAUCUUUCCAUCCUUCUCUUUCACUUUACGAACGCACGUUCCGACCAACACGGCUUUCGUAAACGAAAUGUACUUUUCACUCGUUUGCGCAAUACAAUUCACAUCGCCUUCGCUCGCCCCGAAACAUUUCACGACGUGAUGCGCAUCGUAACCCGUUAAAUUAUGAAAAAAGACCGGAAUGAAAUUUGGAUUUCUCAUUCUUAAAUUACAACGGUUACAAGCCGCGCCACGAUACGUUCCCGUGAAAUGACAAUGAUCUUGCACCUUUUUAUUAUCUUUCGUGAACGGACCGUAACAUGCAUAACACCGAUCGGAUGUUGCGUAAUCUUUGAGAUCGUCCGGUUCCAUUCGAAUCGGAACGGAGACCUUAAAUCGAUCGUAAAUCUCUUUUGUGUCCGCCUCCAACAACUCGUAAAAUCUUGCCAUCACGUCUUCGCCCUCGUAUUGUUGUGUAUAACUUACGUAUUUCGGAGGAUAAAUGUUGUCGUCGAAACAUUUGAUCAGAUACGCAAAACUACACGCCUCGUGUUUUUGUGUUUUCGUCGUGUGUGAAAAUUCUAAACUCUCUUUCUCGUCGUGAGGAUAAUGGUUCAAUAAAGAUUCCGUAUCCGCAUAGACCGUAAACGGAACGUCGUGAAUCUUAUGAUAAUCUUUCAAUUUUAAACCCUCAUUAUCCUCUUUUGGAUACAAACACGUUUGCGCCUCAUGAUCCAAACAUAAUUCAUGAUGAACCUUUAAUCUCUGUUCGGAACCGAACGCAUUCAAACAAUUGUUACAAAUGUGUUUUUUACAUUUGUGCUUGCUCAAUUGUUUUCCCAGAAAUCUCGACAUUUCCAUGACGACACCAAAAUGUUCGUUCCACAAUACCAGAUUAAUAACGAUACCCGGUUUUCCCGAGAUAUACCACGGAUAAAUUUUUAAAGAUUCGUCGAAUCCAAAAACGUUGAUACGGACACCGGGAUUUUGUUUCUCAAAUUUAACGAUAUCUUUCUUUCCAGUCGGAAAAUUUAUAUCAGUCCAAUCCAAUUUCUCUGCCUGAAGACGAAGAAUUUUUGUAAUUCGAGCAGGAUUUUUUCCCACAGGAUUUAAAGCACGCGUUACCGCCCAUUUGAAACAUUGAUCGUCAGUAUUUUGCAUGUUGACGAUCCCUUUUCCUUUCGUAUACCCUUUCGGUAAUUGUACAAAUCCCGCAGCCCCGGUCGGAUUAUAUCCGUCGAUGUUAAUAUCCAAUCGGACUAUUUUUUCCAACGUCCAAUUACUACCGUUUCGUUGAUGUUUUGCAAAAGAUUCCAACACUUUUUCUUUCAUCUCAUCCCAAAUUCCAUCUCUUAAACUUCUUCCCGUUAUCUUAUAAGUUUUCGACAAAAAAUGAGACGUGUCUCUCGUUACCACCCCUGUAAUUCCGUUCACCUUUUUCAUGACGCAAACCAAACUCACGCUCACAUUUUUCGAACCCUCCGUCGAAUCCACGAGAUUGCAAACGUGACGACCGGUCAUAUCUAAAAAAUAACGCGGCUCGUACUUCUUUUUCGGUGUGAUCGUAUACUUUUGCACGCAUCUUUGAAACGCCUGUCUUUCUAAAACAGGUGUAAAGUCUUCACCGCGAAUUUUCCCUUCCCCCGACAUUAAUUUCCGAUAACGAACUUCCGCAUACUUUUGACGUGCCUUUUCGUUCUUACGAAGUCUUUGAGAUUCCUUCUUCCAUUUUUGUGCCUCGGAUUUCCAAUAAGACAAUCCCUUGUACCGACUCUUCUCUUCUUUCACAAUCUCUUUCUCCCAUUUCUUCUCGUCGCGAAGUCUCCAUUCAUUCUGGCGGCGAAACUCUUUUCCCUCUCUUUCGGUUAAUCGGCGACGAUAUUUAAAUUCGUUCGCCGCAGAUUUAAUAUCUUUUCCAAUCAUCCGUCGCUUCUCUUUUCGCGCGUAUUCGUCAAAACGGUCGUUAAUUUCCUUUUCCGUUUUAAACGUCUUUCCCUCGCGAAAUAAUUUGAGAACAUCCUCCCGAAGACGUUCGUUGAAAUCUAAUAGGUUAUCCGAAACACUUGUAUUACUAUCUACCAUUUUAUUACAAAAAAAUUUCCAUACUCCGGACGAGUAUGGAAAAAAAAAUGGUUAGUAAUACAAGUCUGAGUUUCGAACGUCUUUAUUAUAUACUUCUAAGAAAAAUUUAUUUUUUUUAUUUACAACGAGCAUUUUCCGACGAUUUCCGAAGAUGGUCCGACGAAUGUGGGAGAAUGGGGAGACAGAUCUUCAGAAAAACCGUGGGGAAAACCGAACGUUCCCCUCAUUCUUUUCCACCGUCUCUCAUAAAUACUUGAUGAACACCAACACGCGAUUUCACUACGAUUCUUCGUAGCGAAAUUUUAAAGUGUCGUAGGAAGGUCCUCACAGGAAAUCCUCACAACGACUUGGGGACGAACGGGAACGACGACUUGAGGACGAAAGACUUGGGGAAAAUUUUUUACAAAGAUUCCAACCAUGAUUUGAAAAAACAAGGGGUGGGGAAAGUUUUUGAAAAUAUUCGGGAAAUGUGGGGGCGGGGAAUUUAUAGAAAACGGGGAGGAGAGAAUGUGUUUGGAAUAUAUAAGGUGGAGACACUAUAUUUUGUCUUACAUGAAGUAUUGUGUCUGAGGCCCCCCCUUCAUACUACUAUUAUUAUGGUUUCUGUUUUUUAAAGGGAAUAAAGCACUCAUGCAUGCAUCUGUCAAAUUAGGUUAAUCUGUUAAAAGAGGCACCUUGAUAUUGAAUUUGAAUUCUAUGUAACCCCGUAUAAAUGUACUUAUCAGAUUAAGAUUACGUCCAAGAAUUCUACGAGAUGUGUCCAUCAUCAAUACAUCAACAACAGUACUUGGAGAUAAAAUUGACUAUCCAGUAUGUGUUGCUCCAACAGCUGGGCAAAAGCUUGCUCACCCAGAUGGAGAGGUUGCUACAGCUAAAGGUAAGUAGAUCUUAACUUCUCGCACUGGGCAUAUAGUAUUCAGGUUAAACAGCAAGGCCGUCGGAAGCGGGGGAAGUGAGGGGGGGGGGGCUGGGGGGGGGGCUCGAGCCCCUCAAGCCCCCCUAAUAAUUUCCAUUUGUAUAAGAAAAACACACAAAAGAAUUUACUUUCGACGGCCUUGAAAAGUAUUAAACAGGGUUGUAUUGUUCAGCUAUACUACCUACUGCACUGUGUUUAAAGUGCUCGGAUGUUCGCCAGAAUAAAAUGCUAAUUAUUGUUGCCUUACCAAAUAAUGGGAUAACCAUCAUAACGUUCGUGCUUAGUUCCGAUCGUGAUUUGGUAUGUUGAUUCAGGGCAUAUCACAAUUAUAAAACCAUUGCUUAUACUGUAUACGCGGGCUUGCUAAACAUUCAUUUGCAUGUCACUUUUUUAUACUGCAAUGUUAUAACCAUUGAAUUGUUUUGUAGGGAAUAUUUUUAGUUACUGGACACCUGGUACCUUAUUCGUACGAAUAAAAUACCUUGCGAAAUUUACACACGCGAAAUUAAAUACCCUAGUCAAAUAUUUGAAUCAUAAACAUGUUGAUAAAUAUGAUCAACAACAUGUACUGUACAGCUCAUAACAAUAACAAUUUAUUUAAUAAUCCCCGAACCAACGGCGCCAGGCCGCUUGGCUAUAUUUACAUCCGGAGCACACCCGGGAAAAGGACAACCUCGCAAGCCAUGCAUGCAGGGUCUUUUACCUGCGCUUGGGCUACAUGAUAUAAUUUGCAUGGUUGUAGGUCUGUUUUACACCUUGAAGUGGAGCCGUUUAUUUAUCAACGCAAAGAAAAUAAAGGUCGAAUGCACACUUUAUACAAAGUCAUUCAGGGGCUGAUUACAUGGAGAGUUUUCAGCCCGGUUUCCCGGGCUGAAAUUUCAGCCCGACCUAAGGAUAAAAUCCUAUUAAAACACAGCAAGCGAUUACAUGACCAAAAUUCCAGCCCGGGCUGAAAUUUCUGCCCGGUUUGAGCUGCCCGGGCUGAAACUCGGCCCGGCAGCAUGUAAUCGCAAAUAAUUUCAGCCCGGGCUAAAAAAAACAACCAUUUAAAUGGCUUUAUUUUGCGUGUUUGUUUCAUCUUUAAAUUCUUUACAACCACAGUCUCAUACAAGCCAAAUAGUCCACUAAUCAGCGUCUGAUUGCUUCAAAGAAACGUAACAGGCUUAUUGUCCUAUUUCGUGACACUAGAGAUUAUUUCAGCCCGGGCUGAUAAAUAUAGCUCUGGCUAAACUCAGCCCGGGCUCAAACUACUCAUGUAAUCGUUGUAAUGCAAUUUCAGCUCGUUUAACCGGGCUGACUACUCUCCAUGUAAUCAGCCCCUCAGUAGCUCUCAAGCUAUGGCACAGCGAAAGGAAACUCCAAAGAUGAUUUAUCCGAAAUCCGUUUUGUUUUCGGAAUCCGUUUUGUUUUCGGAACGUCGCCUUUGUGGUGGUAUUUUGUCGACAAGAAGUAUUGCAAAAACCUAUUUCUAAAGCUAGCGAAAUAAAAACCUGCUUCAUAUCGCAGAAAUUGUAAAUUGUGGAACUCUUGUGUGUGAUGACAGACUUUCGAAUCUUUCUAAAUUAACAUUAAAUCAAAAGAAUGGGGCCAAAAAAACACUCAAGUCAAUCGAAUGGUUAAGUAGAGCAACGGGAGGGAUUGCAGAAAUGAUAAACAACUUCGACGUAGCUGUAGGAAUUAAGUCAAGAAGGAUCCUCUCACAAGCACAAAUCUUCAGAGAAAGAUGAAAAUAUUUUAUCUGAUCUCUUGGAAUUAAAACCAUUUACAAGCAUCAAUGAUCAUUUUCAUGAAGGUUUCACAGAUAUAUCAUCAGAUAGAUUAGCAACAUUAGACAAUUCUGCAUUUCAUGACCAACUAAACAAACACAAGAGGAACAUUCACCAAGCACUACCAGUGCAGGACACGUCAGAAGAUGAAGAGGAUUAGGACUGUGAAUACUGUAACACUUGAACAACAAUGAUUUGUAUGGCUGUACUGUAGCACAGGCUACCUAGACCACCCCAGCUUGAAAGGAUUAGAUGCACAAUUUGCACUUGUCCUAUUAUAAUAUAAUAUACAGCUAUUCCAAUUAAGGUUAGUAUAUGCACAGACAAUAGUUAAAUGUACAAUUGAACGCUAAAAAUGGUCUUACUUUAACAUUUCAUCAGUCUCAUGGGAAUACAAAUUAAAUUAGUAUUUAUAAUAUAUUUGAGGUUAACACCUAUUCAAAACUACCAUUAUGAAUAAUGCAUGGUAUUCAUUUGGCAAUCAUAUUGUACAUCUAACUAUUGUCUGUGACAAUCUUAAUUGAAAUAACUGUAUGGUUACAGUAUACUGUAUAUAUACAUAUGUAUUCAAUUUACAAUUUGUUCUGCUGUAUGGGUUUUUGUCCAUGAAGUAAAUUUUGUCCAUGAAAUGCCCACUUUGAAAACUGAGUUCAACAAAAUUCACAUUUGUGAUGAAUUGUAUAUUCAUUUGGUACAAAGUCAAGAAUAUUUUACAGGCCCAAAAAUAUUUAUCUAAUCAGGUAAAAACAUUCCCUUUCCAUAUCUAAACUACACUCAACACAAAAACAUUGUGUUUUGCAUACACUACAGCAUAAAUUGGUCUGCAAAUGUCCUCCAAGGCAUAUUUCUUGCCUAUGAUAUCUGAAUGUCUUUUCGUAAAAUAUGUUCUUUCGGUCAGAAUUUGCAACCAACUCAAAGCAAUUAUGCAAGCCAAGUGAUUUUUAUGUGCCUUCGGCUUCGAUCAAAUUUAUUUGCUGUAGCAGUCAUAGCAAUAACGACUGGUACUUUAGGAAGUACAGCACACAAUAUAUACUAGGUUUUGCAUAACCUCGUUUAAAUCAUCCCCCCUAAAACAAAAUUGAGAUAUAAUGGAUGAUUGAGAAAUAACAUGUAGAAUUAGUGUUCAGCCAGAGGUAUUCAGCUACAUAGCAAUCAAGCUUUCGAUUCCAUAAAUCACAAAAUAUUGUUGGGUAAAAUGUGCAAUCUUUUCGGAACAGCAGAGAGCAGCAAUAAAUGGUCAAUUUUCAAAUCCGAAAACGAUAAUAUGUGAAAUAACGCAAGGGUCUACCUUUAUUAUUCUUAUUAUAUACAGCUAAUUCAAUUAAGAUUGUCUUUCCAAAAGCUUAAACCUUAAAGUUAAGCUCUGAGCGCGCAAGGGAUGAUGAGUUAUUGCUUACUUAAACUCAUAAACUUUGAAAUUUGGCUUUGCAAGAACACCUAGAAGACCUAUAUAAGACUCACGACAGAAAAACAUAAUUGCUGCAAAGGCAAUUUUCUGAGUUUAAGGGAUUAAUAAGUGAAAGCCCAUCACCACACAGAAAUUUAUGCAUCUUCUGAUAACUGUGCUGAUCUUGUAAACAAAGUAAACCUUAAUCUUGUUUCUGAAACUUUCACCUUUGUUGUUCAUAACUUAUUACUUAUUUUUAUUUCUCAAGGAUUUAUACAAAAGGUUAAUUUAAUUUAAUUUAAUUUAAUUAAGCAAAUUAAAUUAAAUUAACCUUUUGUAUAAAUCCUUGAGAAAUAAAAAUAAGUAAUAAGUUAUAAAAAAAAGUAAACCUUGAUCUGAACAUAUAUACGUAUAAAUGGAUGAUACAUGCAUAACGAGUUUCAAAUCCAUCCCAGUGAAUGUAAACAUAUGUAUUGGAUCUUUCUAUAACCUUAAGAAUAAAAAAUAUAAUAAGCCUAUUCUAAUAAAUAAUAAUACAAUAUACCCAGGACUCAUAAAUAUUCAUGCCUUGGCAUGAAUAUGGAUGAAAGAAAGUCUUUCACGGGAAAAACCUAUUGAUACUGUUUGUUCAACGGUUGGUGUCUGUAUUGGUGUAACCUGAAGUUCAGGCCCUAUCACAGAAUAGGGCCUGACACAAAACCUAUCUAAAGUGUGGGAUUCCCGUCCAGCUGGUGGACGGGAAAUCUGAUUGGUUGAUCAGCAUCAUGAAGGAUUUUGAUUGGUUGCAAGUUCACAUAAACAACAGUUUUAAAAAUAGCUCGGUCAAGGCGAGAAUUAAUAUAAAGGUCAAACGCACGUAACAAAUUCCAUUAUCGAUUUCUUCGAAUUUCUUUUCUUUUAUGCUUUAUGGAAGAAAAUAAAUCAAACAAACAGUAUUUUGAAAGGGCUUCAUCAAAAUCUUUGACGAAUUUUGGACACACACGACGCUGAAAGAACAGCCAAACUAGUCCUGUAUUCGAAAGCUUGUUGUUGACAGCCAAGAUGUUCUGCCAACUUGCUUCGCCGGCAAAAGUCUUAUUUUUAAUAUCAGGUCCUACCGGCGUUGUUUUCUGAGCUACAUCGCCUUCUUCGUGGUAUGAUUGAGAAUUUAAUUGUUGCUGUUAUUAGCCCGUUAGUCGUUAGAGUAUAUCCGCGUCCAGCAAGUUGAGACCUUGAGAAAGCUUGGCAGUCAAGCCGUGCACAGAACUGACUAAUUAAAUCUUUGUUUGCUGUUCGCCUGUUCGGUUAAAUAGAGAAACUGACUCUUAAUUAUAUAAAAGUACCUUGAAUUUUUAAGUUUAAUUAAAAAGCAAAAUGCUCUGCGGACAUGUUCAUGAGAAUAUAAUUUUUUUGUGUAACGAAAUCUACAACACUUGUCAAUAUAUUGCAUGUGUGUUUAAAAAUAACAUGUGGGCGUCCCACGGUCUAGACAGGUUUUGUGUCAGGCCCUAUUUCAAAUUAGGGCCUGAACUUCAGGUUAGUAUUGGUGCAAUGCGACGGGUUAAGCCUUCUGUUCCACCACUGACACUAAAAAUGCUAUACUGUAUAAUGCUAUUGUGCAGCCCUAUCUGCUGCUAUUGUGCAGCCCUAUUAUUGUGCAGCCCUAUCACUGCUUCCAGUCCUAUCGAAGAUAAUGGAAAGAGCAGUUCAAAUUCAACUAGUCGAUUUUCUUAAUGAGAAUAGUGUGUUAUCCCAAUUUCAAUCUGGCUUUCGAAAGAAGCACUCGACGGAAACGGCAAUAGUUUAUUUAUCUGAUAGAAUUAUAGAACAUAUGGACAGGCAGCGUUUGUGUGGGGCUGCUUUCAUUGACCUCAAGAAGGCCUUUGAUUUGGUGGACCACAAAUGCUUACUACAUAAACUUGAACAUUAUGGAGUAAGGGGUAAUUCGUUAAACUGGUUUAAAGAUUACAUCACUACUAGAACGCAAAGGGUUAAGUAUGACAACAAAUUAUCUG